CGUUUCAAACUUUUGAAUUCAACGUUUGUGUGUAAACAAAAUAUUUAAGAAAAAUUUUAUAAUAAUAAAAAUAUAAUAAUAAAUAACUUUAAAAAAUGAAAACAGUUCCGCAAAUUUUAAUAGUUCUAUUACUAAUAACAAAAAAUUUGGCUCAAGAUGAGGAAACUUUGCAAAAUAGUGAAAUUACUACAAAAAUUAGCAGAGAGAAUACUACAAUAAUAGCAGGAGGACUGGAUACUGUACAAUACAUUACCACCGAACAUUCUGUAAUAAAUGUGAUAUUGGAAACGACUUCGAAAGUUACGACAGAUGUUAAAGAAAUUACUGGUGAGACUGCUACCACUAUAAGCCUUUCCGAUAAUGAAGUCCAUGUUAAACAUGAAAUAGUUUCUGAAGAUUCUAACAAGUUGAAAAAUGAAAAAGCAGUGGAAACUGAAAUUAAUCCUUCAGAAAAUGAAGAAUCAGUUUCUCAGUUGGAAAAUGGAAAUGAAGCAGUAACUAAAAUAAGCAUUUCCGAUAAUGAAGUAUAUUCUGAUCAAGAAAAAAUUUCUGAAGAUUUUAAUAAGUUGGAUAACGAGGAAACAGAGAUAACCGUUAAAAGUCCUUUAGAAUCUAAAGUACAUUCUGAACAGGAAACUGUUUCUGGUUUGGAAAGUGGAAAUGAAGCAGUAACUAAAAUAAGCUUUUCCGAUAAUGAAGUAUAUUCUGAACAAGAAAUAGUUUCUGAAAAUUCCAAUAAUUUGGAAAGUGUUAAUGAAGUAGUAUAUAAUAUUUCUAAUAAAACCGAAACGAACAACGAGGAAAUAGUUUCUAAAACUGUAAACGAGGAACUUCCCAAUAUUAUAAAGAUUUUGAAACCUCUUACCAAUAACCAAGAAGAAAUUAAAGAUAAUUCGGAAAAAUCUACAGAAUCUAUAACAACAAGUAAGCAAGAAGAUAUUUUAGAUAACUCUGAAAACUCUACAGAAUCUCUAAUAGAAGACGCCACAACCACAGUUGUAAAUGAACUGAAACCCAAAUCAUUAACUACUCUAGAGGAUUAUGCUCUUAAACAAAUGAAUUUCAUAUUAGAUAAUCUGCUAAUCGAGACACAAGAAUUUAUAGCGAAAGUUUUACAGGCUUCGGUUAAUAUGGUAUUCCAAAGAGAUCAUUUAAAACGUUAUGCAGAAGGUUUAAAUCGUAUACUAAACCCCGAUACCGACAGCGAGUACAGUGAUGAAAUUAUAGAGGAUUCAAAAAUUUUAACUCAAGAUGAACUUUAUGAAGAAAUUAUACUUAAACUGAACUUUCUUAAAAGUAAACCCAGCCGCUAUCUGCAAAGACAUUUGCCGCAGAACUGGAUUAAAGAGUAUCUUAAUAAAAGAGAAGAAUUGAUCAUUUGGUUGGAUAAGGCCUCCGAACAAAUGCAUCAGGAAUUUAAUCUUUAUGUAAACGAAGAAGAUGAUUAUAUUAAAUAUCAAUAUUUCAAUGAGGCUUUUGAUGAUAUUUCACGAGCCACCGAGAUCCAUCAAAAACUGGCCUUAUUGGCUGAUUUAGUUCAAAUAGUUAAAAAUAAGAAACAAAUCACUUUUAUGGAUUUAUACAUGCAAACAUAGUUUUGUUCGUUUUUUUUUUAUAUUUAGAGUAAAUAUUUUAUUAAUAAAUUGUUGUUAAAUAUUUAAAACUACUUUA